GCAGCAAAAUCCAAGAUACUGGACAAAGCUCUGAACAACCAUGGAGACACGACGCCACCGGGUAGCAAUGGAAGCAGACGCAGCAAGGAUCAGAGUCCGACGCACUUAUUUCCCCAACUUCUGAUUGGACUCCCGUCUCUCUCAUUUUCGCAGAAAAGCGCGCCAUGGAUGGUUGUACAGCAGCUCAAUCCGUCUUCGGUUCUCCAUACGAGCUCCUCUUCAGAGCUCUGUCUCUAAUCCCCGCCGCUCACUACGCGGCUCUCCUCCUAGCUCUCGGACUGGUCUUCCUCUACAAUUUUCUCGAAAUUCAUUUCCUCCGCGAUUUGGUCACUGGAUUCCGAGGAGAUCCCGUCAAGUUGACUUAUAAUGCUUCGUCGGAGGUCUACCGGUCCGUUGCUUCCAAGUGCCAGGUCCUCCGCGGCAGGUAUUUACCUACUCCAUGGUUGAGUAGUCCUCAUCUCCAAACCGCAUUCUUGAGUUUCUUUGGCAAUCCUCCUCGUUUCACUUAUAAAAGGGUGCUAUUCUAUACAAGUGAUGGCGGAACAAUUGCUUUGGACUGGUUAUUGCAUUCGGAUGUCAAUCGGGGUGAUGGUGCCUACUUGAGUAGUCGUACUUUCCUGCAGAAAAAUGAUGAAGCUCCUAUUGUGAUUGUUAUUCCUGGCUUAACAAGUGAUUCCACUGCUCCUUACGUAAAGCACCUCGUUUUCAACAUGGCAAGCCAGGGUUGGAAUGUUGUUGUAAGCAAUCACCGUGGACUAGGGGGUGUACAAAUAACUGUGAGUACAAGAUCUCAUAACUAUAUACUUUCAUUAUCAAAUGUGUAUGGUCAGUCUGACUGCUUCUACAAUGCUGGGUGGACGGAGGAUGCUAGGAGAGUCAUUGACCAUAUCCAUCAAGAAUAUCCAGAGACUCCUCUAUAUGUUGUUGGAACUAGUAUUGGUGCCAAUAUCCUGGUAAAGUAUCUAGGAGAAGACACAGUUAACGUUCCUAUCGUAGGUGCUGCAGCUGUCUGCUCACCUUGGGAUCUUGCGAUGUGUGACAGGUUUUUCAGACGCAGAUUUGUUCAGAAACUAUAUGAUAAGGUUCUCACCUCUGGCCUUGUAGGUUAUGCCAAACUGCAUCAAACUAUCUUGUCUCGUCUUAUAGACUGGGAUGGACUCAACAAGUCACGUUCUGUUCGGGAAUUCGAUCACUGUGCCACCCGUAUUCUUGCUAAAUAUGAGACUGUAGACACCUUCUACAGGCGUUCUAGCGCUGUUAACUUUGUAGGAAACGUAGCAGUACCUCUUCUGUGCAUCAGUGCGUUGGAUGACCCAGUUUGUACAAGGGAAUCUAUUCCAUGGGAUGAAUGCAGGCAUGCUUUCUACUCGAUGAAUCCAAAUAUUGUCUUGGCUGCCACGAAGCAUGGAGGGCACCUGGGUUAUUUUGAAGGAAUUGCUGCCGGUACCAUGUGGUGGGUGAGAGCUGUCAGCGAAUUCCUCGAGGUGCUGCAUUCUAGUCCGUUAAAGAACACACCAAGACAGGUGGUGGGAACAUGUAGCACGACCACUCCAUUGGAAUCGAAAAUCGAUCAAGGGCCUUAUGUCAACCUAAUGGAAGAUGGAACUGUAGCUGCAGCUGGCGAUAUCCAGAAAGACAAUCAUGCAGCAGCAGCAGACACUAGCAACAGAGGCCAUACUGUCAAAGAGAAUGGAGAGACCAUCACCGAGGAAGAAGAAGCCAGCAACGACGUCGUGGAGACCAAGAAAAUGGAUCCUGCUGUCAAAGAGAAUGGAGAGACCAUCGCCGAGGAAGAAGAACCCAGCAACGACGUCGUGGAGACCAAGAAAAUGGAUCCUGCUGAAGACAAUCCCGACGAAAAGAAGCUUAAUGAUCUGGUUUCCCCCAUGAAGGGACACAUAACUCGACUCGCACGGCACAGCAAGACAUUCAUCUGGCUUCUUGCUUACGUUGCCAUGGUGACAACUUGGCCAGUGGUGGGUUCUGGCCUUCUUUUGUUCCUCAAGAAGAAGUUUGGUAGCAGCUUCAUUCCGCCAACUCUGAGAAAAUAAUGUGUGUAUUUAUGUGCUAGUAAUUGUUGUGUAAAGUAUAAACUAUUAAAGGGCAUAAUCUGUCAUGGAAUAAAAGCAAAGAAGGAACGAGGGUAAUAAGGUCGCCUAAGAUAAAUUUAUAGAUGAUGUGUGAAUUUGUGAUCAUUGUGUAUUGUUGCAGCCUUGCAGGGAACGAAGAGGUGAUCUUUUGUUCCAUUAGCU